AACAAAAGUUCCUCUUGCUGACCGCGGAAUCGUUUCUGCUUUCCAGUAUUAACUCGGAGCUGAAUAAUCAAAUUUAGCUUUUAAUUUUGUAGUAAAACAGUGUAGAUAACUGCCAACUACUGACCAAUCCAUGGCCAUGACGGAGAAGGAUCUCUAUCGGGACACUCCGGUGCGAUAUCUGGGCUACGCCAAUGAAAUCGGUGAAGCAUUCCGGCCGGUGAUAAAAAAGAUAUUCGUCCAUGCCAGUUAUGCCGUGGCUAUAAGCUAUGUCCUGGCCGAUACGGCCGACAAGUCUCGGAAACAGUAUAACAAACCGGAAAUACUCGGGGGAGGCCUUCGUGGAGCGGCCAUUGCCAGUGGGGAUACACUGAUUUGGCAAAUGUUCGCCUCGGUCAUCAUACCCGGUUUCACAAUCAAUCGAAUUUGUUGGGUGUCCAAGAAAGUUCUUGCUGCUAACAAGGUAAAGGGUCCCCUGGGCAAAUGGGCCCCGACCUUCCUCGGAUUGCUGGCCAUUCCGUUCAUCAUUCAUCCCAUCGAUCACGGGGUGGACUUUGUGAUGGAUGAAUCCUACAGGAAGUUCGUUAAAUAACGAAGAUUUGAGCAAUCGUAUUACAGAAGUUUCCAUGGCAGAAAAUUUGUUUCGCCAAGCACACCCAUUUCUCAACAAUAGUUUUAGCAAACCAAUAAUGGACAUGGUUAUUUUUUUCUCGAACUACGUAAUAAUGACAUACUCUCAGCGAUAUAAGCUUAGUUCAAUUUCACUUUUAGUCGGUAAUGGUCGUUCUUUUACUCCAGCACAAUAGGAAACAUUCACGCACUUGAAACUACAAAACUAUUAAAUAAACUAAGAUUUCGAAAAAGGAACCGCUGUGAUACAGAUCGAUUUACGGUUUAAGCUUGUUAUAUUGUCAAUUUAAGACAGGGCCAAAGGAUACAUCUCGUGGUGCUCAACAAAAAAACGGAAAACAAUAAACUUACUUCCACGUUGA